AGUUUAAAAAUUUUCAAAGUUAUAAUGAUUAUGAAACCAAUGAAAAUAGUAGAGAAAAUUUACCCACAGUGUUGGCUGUUAAAAAUAUAUAUGAGGAUAUGGUGGAUGAUAAAAAGUGGAAGCUCUUUACAGGGAAAGUAGUAGAAGAUACUCUAUGA